UUGCUCUUUGGGGGUUCUUUGUUUACUAAUGGCAAUACCAUCUCAAUCUUGUUCUGUUACAUCUAGUUCAAUCUUCUUGUUUAUUUGAGCUUAUUAUGAUAAGAUGAAUCUGUGUUGAUCAAAAUCCUUAGGUUAUAUCAUGACACUCAUUUCUGGAUUCAUCAAUUUUUCAAAGCACUUACAGCACCUACAGCGUGAAUUCAUGAAUUGUACAGUUUUAGCUAGCAAUUAAUUGUACUCAUGUAGACAUGAUCUGAGUGUAGAUUCACAACUAUAAAGUGGCCUGUUUUUGGCAGUGCCGUCUCCAUAUUUCACUGCAUUUUUUACCUUGAUGUCCUGAAAUUGGCUCUAUCAGGGCCCUCCACGCAUCACUGUCCAGUCAACGCUUUCAACUGUUUUUGAACAUUACAAUGUCGAUCUCAGCACAUGCCUGCUGGGCAGUGAAGCGAACAGGUGAGAAAGAAAGAGACCGUGUGUAUGAGUGUGGUGAAAAACUGUGUGUACGAGUGUAUGUGUGUGUGUGUCAGUGAGCCAGAGAGAGUUUGCUUACACUGUGCAUGCCAGGUUCAUAGCAGCCAGUUAGAGAGAUGAAUAGUGAGCGGUCACGGAAUCCAUAAGUUUGUCAAACUUAUUUUUAUGUGAUAUUUACAGUGAUCAAUGACCAGGUUUGAUUGGGUUUCCUAAACGCCAUUUGAUAAAGUUGGGGUUUGGCAAGUGCUUCAUCAGAACUGAUAAUUCGGAUCUUAUGCAGAACCGUGAAAUGCUGUACUGUACUUUCUCUCUAGGCUAGAAAUCGUGAAGCAUGGGUGACUGGAGCUUUCUUGGACGGCUCUUGGAGAAUGCACAGGAACACUCGACCGUGAUCGGCAAAGUCUGGCUGACAGUACUCUUCAUUUUUAGGAUUCUGGUGUUGGGAGCGGCAGCCGAGGAGGUCUGGGGCGACGAGCAGUCGGACUUCACCUGCAACACGCAGCAACCUGGUUGCGAGAAUGUCUGCUACGACGAGGCCUUCCCCAUCUCCCACAUCCGCUUCUGGGUGCUCCAAAUCAUCUUUGUGUCCACACCGACGCUCAUUUACCUGGGCCAUGUCCUGCACAUCGUUCGUAUGGAAGAGAAGCGGAAAGAGCGCGAGGAGGAGCUGCGAAAGGCCAGUCGGCUCCAGGAUGAGAAAGAACUCCUGUAUAGAAAUGGAGGGGGAGGGGAGUCUGGUGGACGGGGUGGGGGCGGCGGUGGCAAAAAGGAGAAGCUGCCAAUCAGAGACGAGCAUGGCAAAAUCCGCAUUAGAGGGGCCUUGUUGCGCACUUACGUGUUCAACAUCAUUUUCAAGACCCUGUUUGAAGUGGGGUUCAUUUUAGGUCAGUAUUUCCUCUAUGGUUUCCAGUUGCGGCCACUGUAUAAGUGUGCGCGGUGGCCAUGCCCCAAUACAGUGGACUGCUUCAUUUCCCGGCCCACGGAAAAGACCAUCUUCAUUAUAUUUAUGCUUGUGGUGGCUUGCGUGUCCCUUUUGCUGAAUUUGUUAGAAAUCUAUCACCUCGGAUGGAAGAAGGUCAAACAGGGUAUGACCAACGAGUUUGCCCCCGACCGCGAGUCGCUGCCCAACGCAGACGAAGCGGAGCCUGUGUCUUCUAGAACUGUGCCUGCCACCCUCAGCUAUCCGCCAGACUACACGGAGGUGGCAGUGGGUGGCGGAGCGUUCCUCCAGCCUGUUUCGGUGCCCUCUACGGCCGAGUUCAAGAUGGACCCUAUGCGCGAGGAGUCCUCGCCGUUCUACAUCAGCAACAACAACCACAGGCUGGCUGCCGAGCAGAACUGGGCCAACCUGGCCACCGAGCAGCAGACUCGGGAGAUGAACGCCGCCUCCCCCUCCCCUUCCUCCUCCUCCUCUCACUCCUCCGAUAACGGGCGGCAAGCCAAAGACGCCGCUCAGCACGGCGGCACCCCCAACUCCCCUGGCGCUGGGCCGGAGGAGGGGCAUGUGACCACCACGGUGGAGAUGCACGAGCCGCCCGUUAUUUUCACUGAUGCUCGACGACUGAGCAGGGCUAGUAAAGCCAGCAGUGCGAGAGCGAGGCCCAAUGAUUUGGCGGUGUAGUGACUCUCCACUGCAAAGCGUAGGUUUUUGUGGACAAAACACAAUAGACCAAAAAACAAGAGGAAGUGAGAGGCAUAUUGCUGGAAUGAAAAAAUUAAUUCCAUUCAUUGUUAAUUCCAUUUUGCAAGUCAUUUCUUAUGGGCUUCUGAAUGCUGGUUAGUGUUAUGCAGUAGUUGAUAAAGCAGCACACCUGAUGCAGGCUGUUACACCAGAAUCUCAACGAUUCACUGAAAAAAAUGUCACUUAAAUUAGUCUUAUGAAUUUCCAUUCAGUCAGUUCGAUUUAUUAAGUAUAUUGAUUUAAACUCACCAAAUAUAAAAUGGUUGCAGUUCAAUAAUACAGAUUACAAAAGAGCAAAAAAAAAAAAAAAAAAAAAAAACAUUUAAAAUACAACAUAAAUACACUCUGUGGUUUAAUUGAGUAGAUAAUGAAAUACUCUCAUGUAUUUUUUUUUUUUUUUUGAAGACUUGAAUAGCAUAUGAGAGAAAUAGGAAAAAAAGAAAGUAGUUGAAGUAAAUGAGGAAAGUAGUUGUCAAAUUCAUGAACACCCAUCUUGAAUAAUUUUUAAAAUGUUCUCUUUGUUGUUCCAGCAUCUGUCUCUACAUUUCCUCACUCUAAAGAGAAAUCAGAAGGUUGAGGAAGAAAAAGCACAUUGCCUGAAAAAAGUGGCAAACUUUAAUGCAUCACAUAGAAAAGGUCAUCCAUACACUGAAUUUUUUUUUUUUACAGAGGCAAGUGAAAUAUUUAGAUAACUGUUGUACUACUGAAUGGUGCAGAGUUUUACUUCUCAUAUAGCUUGUGUAUUCUCUGGACCAAGUUUCUUUUCUUUUUUUUCAGUUCCAUUAUCUGAAGUUCACAUCCUCCUACUGGAUUUGAGAGUUUUGAUAUAUGACCAUGUCCAAUCUUGCCUUCAGGAAAACAUGAUCACUUUUGAAGUAGUUAAUCGGAUGAGGGGAGUAUGAACUCUCAUUACAUGUGACAUUUGAAUUCCUUAUUGGUUUUUAAUUCAGUUAGUGGCUUAAAGUCAGUUUGUGGUUGCCAAAAAGUUACUUCAGAAUGUACAUAAAAAGAUGCUGCAAGUGUCUUAUGCUGAAAUGAGUUUACCCCCCCCCCCCCCACUCUAAGGCCCUCAUUCGUUUUCACUGAAUACUGCUGUUGUAUAGAACAUAACUUCUGUAAACAUAACUCACACCAACAUGACAGCACAACAUGAUUUUUUUUUUUUUUUUUUUCUUUUAGAAACCUUUACAAAACUGUUCUUGAGACCUAUUUAAACACAAAGUAUGUUGCUUUUGUUAUCAGGUAUAAAUUUCAGCAAUCCAUUUAAGGAGACAGUCAUCAGCCCUGAAAUAGAAAUGGUACAUUUCUUCAUCACGUAGAGUUUGUGCUUAGGACAGUAUUACCAUUGCUUCUAUCAGAUCACAGCAUUUACAGAUGUAUGUUAUUUAUUUUCUGCUGUUUUUAUGUAUCCAUAAAUGAAAGUGUGUUAUUUUGUCAUUUUUUGGUUCUUAAAGUUUACAUUUUAGUAAAUAGUAGAAGAUUUGCACAUCUAGGCAAAAGACACUGUUCAAUAAUUCUUACACUGAUAGAAAGGAGGAAAUAUUUUUAAUCCUUAAAGGAAAAUGUCUUAAUGGUAAAAGUUGUUGCGUUGAUGGCAGUAUUAUUCCACUUAAAUAACAUCAAAUGUAAUUUAUAAAACAGCACUUGUAGAGUAUAAGAAAUAUACACGUUAUUUUAGGACUGUUGUGGUGGCCUGAAAGGACAGCAGAAAAUUUGAACAUUGUGCAUUAUAGCAUUUCAUCAAUUCUGAAUUUGAAUUGGCCAGCCAGCCAGCUCUUUCCUAUCUCGAUCCGUUUGUAGUGUACUUAGUUGCAGCCCCUUAUUCUCAGAUAACACUCAUUUCUUGAACUGAUUUUCUCUAGCAGAGCUGAUUAUUCUGACCAAUCAGGGAAAUGAACCACCUACAUAUGCUCAGAACAGCAGCCUGUUUAAAUGCUGUCUUAAGAGAAGUGCCUUGUGUAUUCAAUUUUAUAAGAACAAGUUGAUGUAAAUGUUCAUUUACCUCAAAUGUUUACAAAGCUGUUACUAAAUAAACUUUUUGUACCAUAAAUGUAGGCUACUCUG